AUGCAUGAAUAAAUUUCCAAAGUAAGUAAAAAAAUUAAAAAACAAAAAUUCACCUUUACUUAAACGACAACAAAAAAAAACGUUGAGGAUUAGAAAAAUGUUCUAUAGUUGCAAUAUGUUCAGCUAUCAAAAUAAUCCAAUUACCAUAUAUUGAGAACAUAUAAUAUUAAAUGUUCUUAGAAAAGGAACUCGAUUUUAUUUAACUAAAAAUUCUAUAAAGAAUCACACAAACUCAGUAAGUAAGUUAAAUUUUAUGGUAAAAAUGAGAAUUAUGAUUAAUUUAUCUCUGGUUCGUUUGAUGGAAAAAUCAUUAUAUGGUCACCGAACAAAUUAGAGUAAAGUCAGAUUCAAUAAAAAUAAUGGAGUGCUUAAUUUAUUUGGUUAGGGCAUGCUUCUUAUGCGAACUUUUAAUUUUACAAAAUGAAGAACUUUUUAUCUCUAGAAAUUGCGAUAAAACUAUUAAAGUGUUGA